AUGAUAAUUACAACCAAGAUCUAUUUAUCCCAGACAGCUUCUUGCCACGCAGCUGGCCACAGGACUGGGGCUGGCCUCAGCAGCAGGAGCCUCUGCAGUCUCGGAGGGAAUCAGCAUAUUUCCUUCAGUGUGGCAGGUGGCAGUGCUCGGGCUACGAGGCACAGCUUUGGGCAUGGGUAUUGUAGGGGUCAAUCGAGUGGCUUUGCCAACAGCCUGUUUGGCAGCGUGGCCCUGGGGCCCAAUUGUCCAUCUGUGUGUCUGCCUAGGGGCAUUCACCAGGUCACAGUCAACAAGUACCUCCUGGCUCCCUUGAAUGUGGAGCUGGACCCUGAGAUCCAGAAGGUUCGAGCACAGGAGCGGGAGCAGAUCAAGGUUCUGAAUGACAAGUUUGCCUCCUUCAUCGACAAGGUGCGCUUCCUGGAGCAGCAGAACCAGGUGCUGCAGACCAAGUGGGAGCUGCUGCAGCAGCUGGACCUGAGCAACUGCAGGAGGAACCUGGAGCCUGUUUAUGAGGUCCACAUCAGCAGCCUGCAAAAGCAGCUGGAUUCACUGUCUGGGGACAGGGUGAGGCUGGACUCGGAGCUGAGGAACAUGAGGGAUGUAGUGGAGUACUACAAGAAAAGAUAUGAGGUUGAGAUCACCCGACGUACAGCGGCAGAGAAUGAGUUUGUGCUGCUUAAGAAGGAUGCAGAUGCAGCCUACACCGUCAAGGUGGAACUUCUAGCCAAGGUGGACUCUCUGGACAAAGACAUCAAAUUUCUCAAGUGUCUGUAUGAUGCGGAGAUUGCCCAGCUCCAGACUCACACCAGUGAGACCGCUGUCAUCCUGUCCAUGGGCAACAAUCGAGAUCUGGACCUUGCCAACAAUCGAGAUCUGGACCUUGCCAGUAUCAUUGCUGAACUCCGUGGCCACUACGAGGACAUCGCCCUCAAGAGCAAGGCCGAAGCUGAGGCGUUGUACCAGACCAAGAUCCAGGAGCUGCAGCUGGCAGCUGGCUGCCAUGGGGACAGCCUGAAACACAUCAGGAGUGAGAUGUUGGAGCUGAACCGGCUUAUCCAGAGGAUCUGCUGUGACAUCGCUAACGUGAAGAAGCAUUGUUCCAAUCUGGAAAUGGCCAUUGCUGAUGCUGAGCAGAGAGGGAACAGUGCCCUCAAGAAUGCCCAGGUCAAGCUGGAUGAGCUGGAGAGAGCCCUGCACCAGGCCAAGGAGGAGCUGGCUCAGAUGCUGCGUGAGUACCAGGAGCUCAUGGGCCUGAAGCUGUCACUGGAUGUGGAGAUUGCUACCUACAGGAAGCUGCAGGAGGGCGAGGAGAGCAGGUGAGGCCUGGAGGGCAAUGCCACGAUGUCUGGUGAGAACCCAUCCUCUGUGAGUGUCUCUGUCAUCAUCAGCAGUGAUGGGUCCUGUGGUUAUCAUCCAAGCUCCAUGGUCUCUGACUUUGAGGAUGGCAAUGCAGUUGGUAGCCCCAGCACCCCUCGAAACAGCCAGACCAAGACUAGAGGCUCAAGUGUAGACCUCAGGGAUGCCCAGGACAAGAGCGCUGCUGCUGCUGCUGGUACCCUGGCCAGGAAGGCCGCUUGA